AUGGCAGAAAGCGCCUUCAGUUUCAAAAAGUUACCAGAGCAGUUUGAGAACCAGGGGCUCAAGGCUCCUGGAGGUAUUUCUAACGCACCAGUGUAUGGGCAGCUUCUAGCUCUCUACCUGCUGCAAAACAAUAUGAAUAAUGCCAAGUUAUCUUUGGAAAGGAAUUCCGCUAUCAAAUCUGCCAAUGCAGAGCUUUCGGUGGGCCAGAGAAUCUUACAGCGGGACAUCCCAAGGAUCUACACCACUAUCAGCGCCCACCAGUGGUCAGAGGCUGUGCAACCCAACUUGGAUGCGCUGAGAGACCUGACCCAGGGACGUACCUUUGCGCUGGUCUACCAGGCAUAUACCUCCAUUGUCCCUGAUGAUUUUCCUGCCUGCAUUGAGCUCCCAAUGGAAGAGGCCGUCAAAGGUGCGCUGGGGCAGGGCUGGCAGGCCAACUCCACCCAGGCUGUCUUGACCAAGAAGCCUGCUGUAGUAGUCCUGGACACUCUCUCCAGCGCCCGGGUUGUGACGUACGCGGCCACGGGCGUGCGCGCCCCCGCCGAGCGCUGGCCCGGAGUGCGCGUGCGCCGCCGGGCCACUAACCGCGCUGGCAACCCAGGGUCACGCAACCCCAAGGCCAACCUUCUGGACAAAUUUUCAGAUUUCACAGGCUUUAAGGGGCAUGGACAUCUGUACUGGUAG